AUGAGUCUACGCGACAAGCUUUUGGCGGCCCUCGCCGACCUUCCAGGAACGCGUACGUUCCACGUCCAUGUCCUCACCUCCGCCCCAAGAAAGCACACAGGCCUCUUCCCAUACGCCCACCCCCGACCACGGACAUACCUCCAGCAUGUCUUCAUUCUGCUCUCCGAGCAAGGCACGGACGCCGAUGCCCCAUGCGUUCUGACGACAGCCAUCGAGGCCAUGGUCUACCACGUCCCGACCACGUCCUGUGGCAUCCUGUACGUCUCUAAGGUCGACUCCUCAGGUCACGCCACCUCCCCAUCCCCCACACCCAUCCUCGUCCAUGCAUUCCUUUCCUUCUAUGCGGAUCCCGUCACCCGCCCUCUUCCUGUCCAGCACCUCUGGAUCCAGCUCUUCGCGCGCGCGCAAAACCAGUACCUCUUCCCAAACUCGAGCGAGUACGAAGGCAAGCGCCCCUUGUCCGACGUACGACUCUGCGCAUGGUGGAAGCGGCUCUACGGGGAGGUCGCGACGGGCGUGGCGGACAGCCUGAAGGGCACUGGGGCCGUCCGGCUGUGGUACGUCCUGCCAGGCUACUCCGAGCACGAGGCGUUCUACACCCUCACGCGCGCGCCCGCGGGCGAGGGUGGCGCGGCGUCCGCGGUCCCGUGGGCGUACGGCCACCCGUACGCGCAGGACGAGAUCCCGCUGCCCUGCCCGCGCGGCGCGGACCCCGCGGCGCCGCACAACCUGGGCAACUACAUCCCGUGGUUCGACGACGACCCCAAGUCACGCUUCCUGGACGAGAUCGCGCAUACGAACCAGAACGAGGCGGUCCGGUCGCCGCAGAAGAAGCGUCCGCGGCCACCAAACUCGACCGCGUCUGCGAAGGCCGCAGACGAGAGCGAAGUGGAUGAGGCGGGAAAAGACAAGGAGGCGGAGAAGGGCACGGAGAAAGAAAGGGACAAAGAUGAUAAACCGCACAUCCAAGGCGAGCUCUCCCAAGUCGUGCCCGAUGAGUUCUGGGAGCGCAUGUCCUUCCGUCAAGAGUGCGUCGCUGGGGCGGUCACUGGUUUCUUCACCCUCGCCGUCUCCACCCCACCCCCGCCCGAUCAGGACAAGAAGUCUCUCCCAUCCCCACUCGCGCCGAAGCCAGGGCAAGUCGCGGUGAAGAUGGUCGAGCGCGUCAUCUCGGCCCUCAUGAAACAAAACGAGUUCUCGACGCGCGAGUACGCAGUGCGUGCCACGGAGACGAUCGAAGCUGCCAUCCGUGGCCUCUGUCAGGAUGGCCCCGUCCUCCCCGCCCCUGCCUCUGUCGCCGCCACCCCCGCCCCCCGCACUAACCCGCACACCCCGCAACAUUGGAGGUGCCGCGCACCCCUCCGCGCGCCGCUCGCACCUCCGCGCGAGGGCGCGAAGCGGGGCGGCGCUGCCCGAGAUCUCGCCAAACCCGUUCCCCGACCCGGUCGCCACCCGGAGACGUACGCGGACUUCAUCUACGGAUGUAUCGCAGUGCGGAACCCCCCUCUAGCGCCGAAGACCACCGCCUCGACUAGGACGAGCACGACAGGGCAGGCCGCGCCGGCGGCGAGCGCGGCGCCAGUCACGGUGCUGCAGGUGCGGAAGAAGCGCAAGACGGCCUCGUAA